CUCUCUCCAUCCACCGUUAAAACGCCCCCCCUCUCUCUCCUUCUUCUUCUCCACCAAGUUCUUUGCUUUAUCAUCCUUUGCUUCUUUAUAAAUAAGAAUAAAAAUAAAAAAUAAAACCCUAAAAUAAAAGGACUCUCUCUUUCGUUCUCUGUUUUUGCUUUUACAGAUCUCAAAAAAAUUUCUUUUCUUAACCUGUUACUCUUCUCUCUCUUUCUCUGUGAGCUUGGGCUUUUGAAGGUGAAUCUUUGGAUUUCUUAUUCCGGAAAUCCUUUCGCUGCAACGACAAGGAGCUGAGUGCGCUGGGCUGGAAGAAUUCCUUCAGCCAAGGAAUUGGCAUCACUGCACCUAAGGCAAGAACGCGCGACAAACCUACGAGUCUUUAAGUUUUGGCCAUUUUGGAGGAAGAAUUAACGCACUUAGUAAAUAAUUGAGGACGAUAAAGAUUGAAGCCAGAUGACUCGUAUUCUAGUUCAGCGAGGCAGUGGUUCUUCUUCGAACCAGAGCCGGGCAGGAUCUUCUUCUUCGGCUGCUAGGCCAGACACACAGGGUACUAGCAUCCUUCAGGCUGUUUCGACUGUGAAAGAUGAGGAUGUUGAUGAGGAGGUGCAAGAGCAGGUAGUGGUCGAUGAAUUCUUGGAGAAUGGUGGUAGUCAUGAUAAUAAAGUGGUAAAAAGUGACGAGCUUUUGAUGGGAAGCACAAAUGGUGACCGAAGUGACAGUUUAAAUGAUGAAAUUGUUGAUAACGAUAAAGUGGGUAAUGAGGAAGGGGUGGGAUCAGGAGAUUCGGUUAAAGGAUUGGGUGGGCUGAUUUUGGAGAGAUCUCAUGUGGAGAGUGAAGGUUCAAGUUCUGAUCCUCCAGAGAACGGUAGUGGAAGCCCACAGCCGCCACCGCCUCCUGUGCCACCUCCAAAACCUGACCUAACAAACUCGAAUUCAAGGAGAUUUAUAUCAGGAACUUCAAAUUCUGUGCGAAUUGGAUCAUCUAGGAGAGCAGUCGCUUGGCCUGUUGUUUCGACAAGGUCUUCACCAACUGGAUCACGGCCAUCCUCUCCAAGGUCUCAUGGUGAAAUUGAGGGGUACAAUAGUGCUGAUGAGCAGAAUCCUUGCUACGUUUCCUCUUAUGAUGAUUUCGAAAGAGAGCGGCAGUUUGAGAUUGACAUCAGACGGUCCAAAGGGUUAGAAGUCAAAAGAAUGUUGGAGGAUGGGAAUUGUCUCUUCCGUGCUGUGACAGAUCAAGUUUAUGGGGAUUCUGAAAUGUAUGAUUUGGCCAGACAAAUGUGCGUGGACUAUAUGGAAAGGGAAAGGGAUCACUUUUCUCAAUUCAUUACUGAAGGUUUUACAUCUUACUGUAAGAGGAAGAGAAGAGACAAGGUGUAUGGAAACAAUGUGGAGAUCCAAGCUUUAUCUGAAAUGUACAAUCGACCAAUCCACAUUUAUUCCUAUAGCACCGAACCCAUCAACAUUGGGAGCUACAAUACAGACACACCUCCCAUACAGCUAAGCUAUCAUCAUGGUAAUCAUUACAACUCUCUUGUCAACCCACGCCGCUCAACAAUUGGUGCAGGACUUGGUUUCAGCUGUCUUCAAGGGGAUCAAAGAACAAUAGAAGUUGGCAAGGUCCAUACUGAUGAACUAAUAGGGAUAGCUUAUGGGAAAUUUCCACACAAUCUGAGCAGCAUUUUUCCCUCCACACUACUUUCACCUUUAAUUUUUAUUGCUGUGAAGGCAAGUGUGGAUAGAGAUCAGGUCAAAGCUGCUAUUAAAGCUCAACAAGACCAGCAGAUUGAUAAUGCACUUCUGGCUGAGGGGCAGUUUUACUCUGAUCUUGAGGUUACUGAGAAGGAGAUCGAACGCAUGGUGAUGGAAGCUUCUAGAGCUGAGUAUCUUGCUGAUAACAAGUUCAAACCACAACUUGGCCGUAAAGGAUCUUCUACUUCUGGUGCAGAACCAUCAUCUUCUGGCGCUAGAUCAUCAUCGGCCAGUGAGACUACUAAGGUGGAAGGUGCAAGAGAACAUGGCUCACAGGAUACUGUCCUUAGCAGCAGUAUGCAGAUCGUGCUGUCAAUGGGAUUCAGUUACCUGCAAGCAAUCGAGGCCUACAGCAUAUUUGGUGAUGAUGUGGAUUCCAUGGUUUGUUACCUCGUGGAAACCAGCAGCAGCAGCAGCAGCAGACGCAAAGGCAAGGCAACUGAAUGAACCACGACAGAGAUUCAGAAUUUUCCCGGCAGACCAAAUUGACUCUCAGUGCUGGCGUUGUACUUAGAUGGAGAGAAAAAAAAACCUGGUCCAAUUGAAACACAAACUUCCAGAACUUUAGAAUCUGUUUUUGAAGUUUGAAUGAUCAAUAAAAUGGAUAUAGUAGUAGCUAACCUUUAAGAUGGCCUUUUCUAACUAGAACGUGGAGCAUAUUAUGAUUCGGUCUAGGCAUUGAAAUGUUACAGUGUUGUCUCUUGGCUGGUUUAGCAGUCAAUAAUAGCAUUGUCAUGUGAAUGUUCCGUUUGAUAUAUACGGCUCGAGGAGAAAUAUUAUCAGGUGAAUUAGUAUGUUCAAAUCUACUCCUACCAUUCACCAUGAUAUUAGAGUUA